AUGUUCCGCAAUACUCUCGCAGAGGCCGCCCGUCCCGUUCUUCAUGCAAGAACUGCCACCACUCUUUCCGCAGGUUUCCCGAGGGUCACUCACCGCCUGCCAACCAAGUAUGGCGGAGUCUACACAGUCACAUUGAUCCCGGGUGACGGUAUUGGUAACGAGAUCACCGACUCCGUCAAGGAGAUCUUCGAGCAUGUUAAUGCUCCCAUUGAAUGGGAGCAGUAUAAUGUGUCCGGCAUGUCCUCCUCCGGUGAGGAGCUCUUCAAGCAGGCUAUGGAGAGCUUGAGGCGUAACCGAGUCGGUCUCAAGGGCAUCCUCUUCACGCCCAUCUCUCAGUCCGGCCAUAUCUCGUGGAACGUCGCCAUGCGUCAACAACUUGAUAUAUACGCCUCUGUCGUUCUCUGCAAAUCUCUUCCUGGAUUCCCUACACGUCAUUCAAAUGUCGACUUUGCCAUUAUCCGCGAGAACACUGAGGGAGAAUACUCUGGUCUUGAGCACCAAAGCUACCCAGGGGUUGUCGAAAGCUUGAAGGUCUCCACUCGUGCUAAGGCUGAGCGCAUCACAAGAUUCGCGUUUGAUUUCGCGUUGAAGAACAACCGUAAGAAAGUCACGUGCGUGCACAAGGCCAACAUCAUGAAGCUCGGUGAUGGUCUUUUCCUGAACACCUUCCGUCGUGUUGCGGAGGAGUACAAGACCACCGGCAUCGAGUUCAACGACAUGAUCGUUGACAACACCUCCAUGCAGCUUGUAGCACGACCAACACAGUUCGAUGUUAUGGUCAUGCCCAAUUUGUACGGCGCCAUCGUCUCCAACAUCGGUGCCGCCCUCGUAGGCGGUCCUGGAAUCGUGCCCGGGUGUAAUGUUGGUCGUGACUACGCGCUAUUUGAGCCCGGAUGCCGUCAUGUUGCUAAGGACAUCAUGGGUACUAACCGUGCUAACCCGGCAGCGAUGAUCCUCAGUGCCACCAUGAUGCUCAGACACCUGGGACUCGAUGGUCUUGCGAACAACAUUGCAAGCGCCACCUUCGAUGUGAUCAACAGUGGAAAGGUCCGCACUGCCGACAUGGGCGGUUCUGCAACGACGUCAGAGUUCACUGCGGCCAUCGUCAAAAACUUGAGCUGA